AUGGGUGCAUCAUUAACGUCACCAUUGCCACAUCGUCAGCCAACGAGUGUAUGUAAUCAUUUAUUCACUACACCAGAUGCACCACAAUUGUUUCCAUCACAUACAUUUACGAGUAAUAAUAAAAAACAUUCUAUGCUAACAGUUGGAUGGAAUUGGUCAAAACGUGCCGCUCAGCAGAUUGUGAAGUUUGGAGGAGGGUGA